UUCUGGUGCACGCGAGCAGAAAUCGGGAGGAAUGUGGUGAACCCUAGACUGCUUUGAGUGCCUUUUGUCUUUGUAUCUGACCGUUUUCAAUACACUGUUCCAUCGUCCUUUGGAAAAAAAACAAUUAAUCUCACAUUCUGUAUAGCUUUUUAAAGCCGUCGUUCCGGAAAAAUAUGGGGAAUUGCCACACGGUAGGACCAAACGAAGCCUUGGUGGUAUCAGGUGGCUGCUGUGGCUCUGAUGAGAAGAGCUAUACAGUGGGCGGCUGGGCCUGGGCAUGGUGGCUUAUCACCGACAUUCAGAAGAUAACCCUUGAGAUUAUGACCCUGCAACCCAAGUGUGAGGAUGUAGAGACAGCGGAGGGGGUAGCUAUUACUGUCACAGGUGUGGCACAGGUGAAGGUCAUGACCGACAAUGAGCUGCUGGGUUAUGCCUGUGAACAGUUCCUGGGCAAGACCGUGGCAGAGAUUAAAAGUGUCAUUCUGCAGACGCUGGAAGGUCACCUGCGCUCUAUUCUGGGGACUCUGACUGUGGAGCAGAUCUACCAGGAUAGGGAUCAGUUUGCCAAGCUGGUGAGGGAGGUGGCGGCACCUGAUGUGGGCAGGAUGGGCAUUGAGAUCCUAAGCUUUACUAUCAAGGAUGUGUAUGAUAAAGUGGAAUAUUUGAGCUCCUUGGGUAAAUCCCAGACUGCUGCUGUUCAGAGAGAUGCUGACAUUGGUGUAGCUGAAGCAGAGAGAGACGCUGGAAUCAGGGAAGCAGAAUGUAAGAAAGAGAUGAUGGAUGUUAAAUUCCAAGCCGAUACAAGAAUGGCAAACUCAAAGAGAGAGCUGGAGAUGCAGAAGGCUGCCUUCAAUCAAGAAGUGAACACAAAGAAAGCUGAGGCGCAAUUGGCCUAUGAGCUCCAGGCAGCCAAGGAGCAGCAGAAGAUCAGACUGGAGGAGAUUGAGAUCGAGGUGGUUCAGAGGAAGAAGCAGAUCACCAUUGAGGAGAAAGAGAUCCUCAGGACAGAUAAAGAGCUGAUCGCCACCGUGAGGAGACCAGCUGAGGCUGAAGCCUACAAGAUGCAGCAGCUCGCAGAGGCACAGAAGAUAAAGAAGGUGUUGACGGCACAGGCUGAAGCGGAGAAGAUCAAGCGUAUUGGAGAAGCAGAGGCCGGCUCCAUUGAGGCUGUGGGUAAAGCCGAAGCAGAGAAGAUGAGGCUCAAAGCUGAGGCCUAUCAGCAGUACGGAGAGGCUGCAAAGACUGCCCUCGUCCUGGAGGCUCUGCCAAAGAUUGCCGAACAGGUGGCAGCACCCUUAAGUCGUACCAAUGAGAUUGUGAUCCUGAGCAGCGAUGGUGGCCGUAUAACUGGGGAAGUGAAUCGUCUGUUGGCUGAACUACCGGUGUCUGUAAACGCCCUCACAGGCGUGGAUCUCUCCAAGAUCCCUUUGCUUCAGAAAAUGACCAAUCCUCAAGCUUGAACAUGCUUCUUCCACUCUGCUGCCUUUCCAACACUCCCACAUUGAUUGCCUUGAAAAGAAACACAAGCUGUUUUCUUUUUACAGAAAUUAGGAAUUGUUUUUUUUAGACCCCUGGUGCCUUACCUCUGCAGGACCAGAAUUUCUGCAUGUGCUCUUGUUUUCGUCACUUAUAUCCUUUUUUGUUUGUUUUGUUGAAACAACAUACCUCAAUUAUUGUUAAUCACAUAACUGUUUCAUAAAAUUCACUAGUGGGAAGCUGCAGAUGUGUGUGUAUCUAGUGAUUUAGAGUAUCUAAAAGUAUUUCCAUUUGACUGGGUAGCUAAGGUUGUAUUCAGUUACGCUUAUGCGAUGUACUGUAUGAAGAUAUAUAGAAGUAUAGAGUAGAAUAGCCGUUAGGUUUCUUAUAGCAUGUUUAUUGGAUUGAUCAACUGGGCCUUUGAAAUCAUUCAUCAUUAUGAUAUUUUCUGUUCAGGUCAAAU